UUGAGUCAAAUGCUGUAUUUCAAAGCUGUUGUGAAAUACAGCAUGUGAAAUACAAUGUGAAGUGCCUUACGUGGACUGUUCUGUAGAUUGGUACAGUACUUACAUUAUUACGUCAUACGACUCAGUGAUACGAGCAAGUAGUUUAGUAUCCCUAAAGGAACGAAAGCAAUGCGACGCCACAUGAUUGAAAUCUCAGCAUGGCACCACCGCAUGACGGCUCUUUCGGUUAGAGUAGUUCGGCUUGUUCGACUUAUUGCGGCACAAAUUAAAUAUUUCCACGUAUGCUUUGUGCUUUGUUCGACCUUUACGCCUGCCUGGUGUGUUCUCAAUAGACCCAAACUUGACUUGAGCGCUCCUUAUGACUUUGGAGUUAUUUUGUUGGGAAAUUCUACCCAGUUGAGUGACUUUCGAAAUAUUGCUCCGGCCAUCGAUGUGGCCAUCAGUGACGUGGCCGCCGCUUACAGCUUAAUUCUGACACCGUGGUAUCGCCUUUACGCCAAUCACUGUGACUCGGUGGCCACGUGGUACUCGGUGGCUCAGGCUGUUGAUGUAAUGCUGAAUAAUAAUCCAAUACUCGUGCAAGACGGUCCGGAUCCCCAGUAUUGGUACUACGAUCCCCAAAAUAACGUAGUGGGGCAGAUGCUGCUGGGGCCUGGAUGUGCGUCCGACUAUCAAUCGGUGACAAUGGCGACGCAGAAAAUUAUGUCGGUUCUCAUGACAGGCAGGGCGGAGUCGGUUUACAGCACACAGGACCGAAAUUUCACUGUGAGAACCGGCUACAAUGUUUACAGCAUGUGGCAUAUCUUGACCCAGGGCAUGGCAGCAGCGUACAACUGGACAUCCAUUGCCGGUUUGUAUAACACCAGCGAUCCUACAGCGCAAACGCACUUCGACACUCUGCGCUUGAAUGUGGCGGGUGGUGAUGUACGUGGAUUCAUUCCUCCACAUCGAGAUGGCAUACCUGGUGGAAAGAUCACGGAGAUCGCUUGCGAUUUGUAUCCCGACACACCAAACAACAACGACCGCAACGCCGCUAUCGUUCUGGACUGCCUGAAUCGUGCCAGUCUGACGUCACGUAUUAUCGCCCUUCUACUGUCCCCGACUUACGUUCGCCACACCAUGAUUAUCGCUCAGAAAAGCAAUCUAACAAAUGCGGAAUAUCUUUAUCUGGUUGUUGAUCCACUGCGCGAUACAUUCAUCAAUGUGGCUAAACCAGUCUGGCAAAAUGAUGACAGCGACGAUGCAAUUGCCAAAGUAGCGUUCACGUCCCUGUUUGUAAUCUCAAUGGCACCCUUUGAAAAUAAUGAGAUGUAUUUGGAUCUGGCUAAACGAGCCGCUAACGUGUCUCGUGUCAAGUACGAUGGAACGUUCUCCAUGAAUUUCUUCGUGGCCACUUUCUACGACGCGAUCAUGAUUUUUGCUAAAGCCCUUGUGGAGUCAGCCAACGGCACUGGAAAAGUUCUCUCAUGUAUGCACACAAAUUCAAAUCCGGUCGGCUAUCCCAACGGCACCGUUCUUAAAGUGGGAAUCGAUUUCUGCAAUGGCUUGGUUGAGUCUAUGACCAACGCGACCGUUCGAGGAGCUAGUGGGAAUCUCAGCUUCGAUGACGCCGGGGAUCGAAUCGUCCAGUUUGAUCUUUAUGCGAUGGUUAACGAUUCUUACCAAUGUGUUGCCGAAUUCGAUCCAGUGAACCGCACCUACCUUCCAUUGAUGGAGCCCAUACCGUGGCCAGGCGGUUCAAAAACCCCACCGCUAAAUAUCCCGACGUGCGGGUACGACGGCAAAGCGGAAAUUUGUGCAACUCCAUUUCCCACACUGGAAGUGGCUCUGGGAGUGGUAAUUCCGGUAGUACUGGGCUUUUCGGUUCUGGCCAUACAUCUCAUUCGUUUGGCCCGCAAACAAGCGAAAUCCGAUCACGAAUGGAUCGUGCCGUUGCGGCAUCUGAAAUUCCAUCGCACACGCAAGAAUGAUGCUGUCAGUCACAUAUCGGAAGAACACGACGAUGGGCACUCCAUGCAGGGCUUCUCCAUGGGCGCAUCCUGCAAAGGCUCCAUGGGACAGUCGAUGGCUCUGACGGCAUCCAUGCGCAAACGAUUCACGGCCAUGAGCGACCAUUUUGGCACAUGGAACAAAAUGCCGGUCGUCCUGCGCUGGACCAGCCGCAAGCGCGUGGUGGUCAGUCGACAGGUUAUUCUGGAAGUGCGGGUCGUGCGCAAAACACAUCAUGACAACGUUGCCCGUUUCUUGGGUGGCUGCGUAGAAGACGAUAAUAUCUGCAUUUUGUACGAGAUGUGCGGCAAAGGACCGCUUGAUUUGAUGUUCGAGGGCGAUGGCGGUACAAAACUGGACUGGACAAUUCGAAUAUCCUGGAUUCGGGACAUCGUUAAUGGGAUGGCUUAUUUGCACACCUCACCGAUUGGUGCGCAUACCCGCUUCAAAUCGUCAACAUGUUUCAUCGAUAGCCGGUUCGUGUUGAAAAUUACGGAUUACGGCUUAGCCAGCAUUUUCACUCCAACAGUGUCUGAAUUUUGGAUGGCCAAACGCGACCCGGAAUUUUCCGCGACACUGUUGUGGACGUGCCCUGAAAAGCUGCGAGCGGACGCCAGUGGAGCACUGAACUUCAGCUGUACGAAGGAAGGCGAUGUCUACAGCUUCGGCAUUAUACUGCAAGAAAUCAUAAUGCGCUCUAAGCCGUACGCAAUGUUCAACAUGACGCCUAAUGAAAUAGUUGACGAAGUGCGGAAGGGCAUGUCAUUGAGCGGAGUGCCCUUUAGACCAAAAAUCCCGGAUCAGGAUGUGCCGCCAGGAAUGAUAGAGUUAUGCACGAAAUGUUGGUCGGAGAAUAUCGCUGAACGACCAUCGUUCGAGAAAAUCAAAACAGCGGUUCGCAACAUUGGCAAAGCAAUGAAUAUGGGCGAUCAGACGAACAUUAUGGAUGUGUUUAUGCAGCAGAUGGAGGAGUCUGGUUACUUACUGCAAGCAGCCGUGGAAGAGAAAGACAACGAGCUGCUGGAGCAAAAAAUCAGGAGCGAUGAAGCUUUUAUGAAAGUAUUUCCUCGUGCUGUCGCGGAACGAGUAAUGCUGAACAAGCGCGUCCAACCGACAAUACAUCGCAACGCUACACUCUUUCUCGCGGACUUAAUGGGUUUCGAGACUAUUUGCGUAGAAAGCCAGCCGGCACAGAUUACGAAGCUUCUUGACCAUUUCUACGGAAUGUUGGACAGCCUUAUUGCCGGUUUCGACUGCUUUAAGGUGGAGCACAAUGGGGAAACCGUAUUGGUCACAGCGGGGAUAUUUGGAGAGUCUGCCAAGCAGGGUGCACGCGAACUAGCCCGAUUAGCGCUAUUCAGCAUGGUAGAAAUACGCCGGUUUAUCGUGCCGCAUCGGCCAAACGAGCAGGCCAAACUUCGAAUUGCGCUCACAUCGGGUCCGGUGGUAAUGGCUACCUUGAAUUUGGCCGCUCCAAGAUUUGGAAUUUGCGGAUUGACCCUGAUCAUUGCCAAGAGGCUUCUGCAGACUUGUGAUCAAUUGCAAAUCCAUGUUGCGGCCAGUACGAAAUCGUUAUUAGAUGCUUACCGGCAUUUCUUAUUCGUGCCAUCACCGGUCAGUCCUAUUUCAAUUACGAAUGAGGAAGAAAUGGAAACGUUCUGGUUGACGGACGAAGAAGGAAAUUUUGACCUUCAUGACGAGCGGGCGGCGGUAAUGGGCAAAGGGCAGGUUGAAUAUUUUGACGAACAUGAGGCGCUGUGAAUUAAAUAGCAGACGUUUUUAUUUGGAUGUCCGUUUUUAUUUGCCACGAGUUUUCACAUUUUCAAUCGUAUUCAUAUCGUUUCAUUUUCGAUUGUGAAAUAUCAUUCAUUCUUUUAUUUUUUGGGUGCGAGGUUACGGUUGCGCUUACUCAUAUUAGUUUUCAACCAAUAGGAUCUUAGCACAACUUCUAUAAUUUUUAAUAUUGCAUUUUAAACUUUGUGUUUGCUGUUGCAAACUUCAUUGUUUUGCCACGGAUGCAUUUGAUCCGCAACAACAGUAAUUUUUUCUCUGUAACAUUCUUAAAAUUUAGAUC